GUCCUUGUAUUCCGCGUCUCUGGCACGCGCCUCUGCACAGAGUAGGCCUGAAGCAAAACGUGUGAGCAAAUAGGAUGUAAAGGGGUGAAGGAGGUGGGCGCGAAACGGGUUGGAGGUGGCGCACUCGGCGGGUUUCUGUCGCCAACGCAACCCCGCUGGGUCGUACCUAAGAUAUCGCAGGUGUCAGAGAGCAGCGGGCACCGUCUCCAGCAUCUUUGAGGGCCAAGCAGAGUCGCUCCUCCAGCAGCGCGCGGGCGAAAGGGUGAGGAACCCUACGGGCUCCGGUCCACCUGAGAAUCAAAAUCCCCUCCUCUAGGCCUUCAGGGCUGGUUCUCGGGAAAUCCUCUUUCCCCUUCUUCCCCCUUCCUUGGCCUUUCUUCCUGCCCGGAAGGAUCAAGGGCGCUGUUUUCCAAAAGCUGCCGGGUCGGAAGCCGUGGGGAACGGGGCGGUGCGCGUGGGUGGAGGAUAGGCGGGGAGAGGGGAGUCCACGAACUUUUGUCACUCAGUCCGGGAGACCACGGUGACAUUCCCUCUGCGCCGCGGGCAGGCCAGCCUCUCAGUCCCUUGACUAGGGGGCGCUGCGGAGAAAAGCCGCCGCAGGCUGCGGAGUCCCCGACCGCGCCGCUCUCAGGGAGACCCCGGGUUGCCCACCGCGGCCUAGCGCGCGCCGAAUGGCAGAACUGUCAGCGGCCAUAGGCCGCUUCUCGCUGGAGCAGUUCGGCGUCUGGGGCCUGGCCUUCGCCGCGGCCCUGCUGCUCCUGGCCCUGUGCCUGCUCGGCGGGCGCACCAGGAGACCCGGUGAGCCUCCACUGAUAAAAGGUUGGCUUCCUUAUUUUGGAGUGGUCCUGGAAUUACGAAAAGACCCCUUAAGGUUCAUGAAAACUCUUCAAAAGCAACAUGGUGACACUUUCACUGUUCUUCUUGGUGGAAAGUACAUAACAUUUAUCCUGGACCCCUUCCAGUACCAGCUAGUGAUAAAAAAUCAGAAACAAUUAAGCUUUAGAGUAUUUUCUGAUGAAUUAGUACGUAAAGCAUUUAGCAUCAGUCAGUUGCAAAAAAAUCACGACAUGAAUGAUGAGCUUCACCUCUGCUAUCAAUUUUUGCAAGGCAAAUCUUUGGACAUACUCUUGGAAAGCAUGAUGCAAAAUCUAAAACAAGUGUUUGAAUCCCAGCUAUUAAAAACCACAAGUUGGGACACGGUACAAUUGUAUGCAUUCUGCAGCUCAAUAAUAUUUGAUAUCACAUUUACAACUAUAUAUGGAAAACUUCUUGUUUGUGACAACAACAAAUUUAUUAAUGAGCUAAGAGAUGAUUUUUUAAAAUUUGAUGACAAUUUCACAUAUUUAGUAUCUGACAUACCCAUUGAGCUUCUAGGAAAUAUCAAGUCUAUUAGAAAGAAUAUUAUAAAACGCUUGUCAUCAGAAAACUUAGACAAGAUGCAAGGAUGGUCAGAAAUUUUACAAAGGAGGCAAGAUGUCCUAGAGAAAUACUAUGUGCAUGAGGACCUUGAAAUAGGAGCACAUCAUUUAGGCUUUCUCUGGGCCUCUGUGGCAAACACUAUUCCAGCUAUGUUCUGGGCAAUGUAUUAUCUUCUGCGGCACCCAGAAGCAAUGGCAGCAGUGCGUGACGAAAUUGACCGUUUGCUGCAGUCAACAGGUCAAAAGAAAGGGUCUGGAUUUCCCAUCUACCUCACCAGAGAACAAUUGGACAGCCUGAUCUGCCUAGAAAGCACCGUUUUUGAAGCUUUACGACUGUCCUCCUAUUCAACCACCAUUCGUUUUGUUGAGGAGGAUUUGACUCUCAGUGCAGAGACUGGGGACUUCUGUGUGCGAAAAGGAGACCUGCUAGCCGUCUUUCCUCCAAUCUUUCAUGGUGACCCUGAAAUCUUUGAAGCUCCAGAGGAGUUUAGAUAUGAUCGUUUUGUAGAAGAUGGUAAGAAGAAAACCACCUUUUUCAAAAGAGGGAAAAAGCUGAAGUGUUACCUAAUGCCAUUUGGAACUGGAACCACCAAAUGUCCAGGCCGAUUUUUUGCAAUUAUGGAAAUAAAGCAAUUGUUGGUUAUACUAUUAACUUAUUUUGAUUUAGAAAUAAUUGAUGAUAAGCCCAUAGGACUAGACUACCGCCGCAUGCUAUUUGGCAUACAGUGUCCAAAUUCCGAUGUUUUAUUUAGAUACAAAGUGAAAUCUUACAGAAGCUAAAAGGAAAGAAAAGAAAUCUGUCAAAAUUAGCCUAAACAUCCUAAGCUCAUCUAUUUCUUUUGAAUUUCUGCAAAUGUAAUUGCUGUAUUUCUUUAAAAAGUGCUGAUUUCUGUUUGGUCUGAGAUCAGUCCAGUUUGUACUUAGUCACAAAACUUAUCAUAAUAUAGAACAGGAUGGUGGCAUGAAAAUGGACAUCGAAAUCAACCUCAGGAUAAGUUCAAAACAGGGAUUUUUUGUUUGUUCGGUUUUUAAUUUUUCCUUGUGAUUCUUACCUGUUAUAAUAAAUGUACUGUCACAGCAAUGGAUUGGUCACUGUGGAAUUUAAGUCAUUCAAAUUAUUCUCUAAUGUGUGAAAAUAUACUUUACAAACUAUUAGAAAAUUGUGGUGGAAAUGGACACAGUUUAACAAAUUCCAAAUUCUCACAGAAGAAGGAAAUUAAAUUUCCAUGAGUUACACUGGAUGAAAAUGUUCCCUUCAAGUAUAAUGUCAAUAAUACUUAUAUUUCCAGGGUGCGUGUGCAUUAAAUGAGUUUUGCAGUAGAUUAAUGCUUCAACUUCACUUCAAUAUUUAAUCAGGCGUAAAUGUUCCUUAUUAUUUUGUAUUCUGUGGCUCAAUAGAACAAAAUUUCUUGUUUUAUAAGACCUUUCAAGUUCAAGUUUGAUACUGAUAAGAUUUAAUCUAUAAGAAAACACAGAACCUAUUAUAUAUUCAGCAAUUGCCCUAGACAUUAGUAUUAGGUUUAUUAUGGGAGCAAAUGUUGAAAUCAUUACAGCAUUGAUUAUAGCAUUUGGCUUUAGUAUAAAUUAUAAAAGUUAUGCAAAUAUCCCAAUUAACCCUUUCCUAAAUGCUUUCAUAUAUAUAAACUGAGAAGCUAGAUGUAGUAUUUCAUUCUGAUGUUUCACCUGUUGGAUUUGGAGUUCGUGUGUACUAUUUUGAAUUACAUCAUGUAAUGCAGUGUAAUUUCAUAUGACACAUGCAGCAUUGUGUCAAUGAUUCAAAUAUUUUUUUUUUCAACUGAGACAGUAUCUAGCUGUGUUGCACAGGCUGGUCUCAAAUCCUGAGCUCAAGUGAUCCUCCUGCCUUUGCCCGUUGGGAACCUGGACUACAGGCAUGUGCCACUAAGCCCAGUGAUUCAAAGCUUCUAAUAUCAGAGUACCACAUGAUUUGCAUCUGACAUAAAUGAUGAUGCAGUAUAUAAGCAGGCAAGGCAGGUAAUGGAGCCCAGUUAAUUUGUGCUUCAUAAAUUUGCUACUGUUUUGAGAAAAGGAAAAUGACUUUAAAAAUAACAUUACAAAAUAUCAUUCAUAAUAAGUAAAUAAGAUAGUCUAGCAUUUAUUUUCUCCUUUCUGAAGUACAUGUUCUGAGUGUUCCUUUAGUGAAGGCCUGCCGGUGUAAAUUCUACUUUUGCUUGAUUGAGGAUGUCUUUAUUUUUACUCUCAUUCUGAAAGAUGGUUUUGCUGGAUGCACAAAUCUAGAUUGACAGUUAUUUCCUCACAGCACUUUGAAGAUAUUGCCCGUUCUAAAGGCAUCCAUUCUUGUUAUUGGGAGGAUAGCCACUAGUGAGUGAUUAUUCAUUAGGUGGUCUGUCUCUUCUCUCUAAAUACUUUAAUGUGUUCUCUUUGUCUUUGAUGUUCUUAGGUUCUUUCUAUUUCUCAUGCUUGUAUGUCCUGCUGCUUCUUGAGUCUGAGCAUGGGUGUCUACCAUCAAGUAUGGAAUCUUCUCAGCCAUUCUCUCUGUGAAUGCUACUGUUCUCAAACUCUAGAUUCUCUCCCUCUGCAUGCCAUAUGCUUUGACCUUUUCUCACCACUCUUUUUAUCUCAAACUUACCCUCCAGAUAAUUUCUUUAGAUGUCUCUUCCAGUUUAUUCUUGGAACUGUAUAUUUAAUCUCUCCAGCUCAUCCAUUGAGUUUGUUUUUUCCUUCUUUUUGUUUCAACUUAAGGUUCAUAGGGUUGCAUGAUCAUUCUCCUUAUACUCUUUAGUUCAUGAUACACAAUUAUAAUUGGUUCUAACAAAGACCCGCUGGUUUUAUUUACUUAUUCUCUUUUGUCCCUAGUCCCCGCUUUCAUACCCCUUUUUAAUAUAAUGGGCAAAUAUUCUAAUGUGUUUGGUGCACAUCUUGGUAUGUGUAUGUUUUCAUGUAAUAUGUAUUAUCUUGAGUACCUAUUUUCUGUAAGUUGUAUCUUUUCCAAUUUUCUUAAGCUCUGUGAUUUUAAAGAUAUAUUCAUAUUUCUAUAUAUACUAUAUUUAAUUUAUUGCUUCUGACUGCUGCAUAGCAUUCCAUAAUAUGCACACAUUAUGUUUUAAUGAUAGUUACCCAGUGAUGGACACUGUCAAUGGGACAGUUAUUGUGGGAGAGAGGCCAAGGCAGAAUUUAAAAGGUCUUCUGUCACCUAUCCUCCCACUACUGUGCCUAGCCAUCCUCAGCCCUGGGCUGCUAACAACCUUGUCCCCAACCCCUACCCAUACACACACACACGCACACACACAUUUAGUCCAUGAUAACUUUAAUUUUCCCUAAGAUGUUGUACAUUUGUUAUGUCCCAUCCUCACAUCCAUCCAAUCCUCUCCAUUCUGUAGGGUCUCAAAGGUUGAUUUUGAGUCAGAGUGUCAGCCUCCAACUUGUCAAACUUCAGGUUUUCCAUUCCACUGAGUUUGCUAAGUUCAAUGAUUACAUUUUUCAGUUUGAGAAUUCCUUUUGUCCUUCAUAUAUGCUGGUUAUUUUUUAUAAUAUCUUGUACCUUUGUCAUAUACCCAAUAUCCUUUGUGAUUUAACUAUAUGAAGCAAACAUUUUAGAUCUUGUAUCUGAUAUUUCCAAAUCUUUGGUGUUUUGUGGAUCUAAUUCUAUAGUUUAUGUGUUUAUUUUUUCUGUCACUGUUACCUGGGAUGGUUUGUUAACUGAAUCCAUGUUCCUUGGAUUUUUAUCUCUGGAAAAAUGUUUAGACCUAGAUUUAAAGUUUAUUCCUCAAGAGGGAAUUUGUAUUUGCAUUUGUCAGACUGCUGAUAUUACUACUAAACUCAGAUCACCCCCAAAAUUUCAGCUUGAUUAUCUAGGAGUGGGGAGGAAGGGCUAAAUAGGUAUUGUGGUUUCUAGUCCUAACUUAGGUAGAAUGCAACCCUAGUAUUAGGAAUAGACAGGAGACACUUCUAGGGGUUCACUUGUUUGUUUAUUUUUUACCCAGAGCUAAGACUGAGGCAGGCAAAUACUGACAGUCUUACUCUGUGGAGCAAAGUUUCUUUCCAGUUCACCUACUAAGUAUGUUUUCUCUGCAAGUUCUUGGUUUUAUGCAAAGGCCUUGAAUUACACACACACACACACACACACAGGCAUCCUCAACCUGGGCCCUAGGCUUUAGUCCACCACAAAGCGUAGUCUGCCCUUUUUGUACUUGGACAUCUAGUCCACCAUGUUGCCUGAAGCGGAAGUUCCAUAUUCUUAAAUUCCACUCAGUGGUACACUUUUGUGAUGUUAAGGCACAGAGAACACAGGAAAUUAUUUCCUUGCAGUUUUUGAUUACUUUAUAAUUGGAAAUGUAUUUUGGAAUUUAGAAAUGAAAAGUAAGAAUAAAUAAAAUAGUUAAGAAAGAUUACCUAAAAGGAAUGAACAGUAGAAACAAAACAAAACAUCAGAGUCUUGUGAUGGAAAAUCAUCAUGGUUUUUUAAUGCUUAUUUUAUCAUAAAAAAUAAUUUGAGUAACAUUUUCUGCAAGUGACUUCUAACUUAACAGUAGAAGUUUAAAACUGUUCAAAGACCAAAGCACAAAAUUUAUUUAGGUUUUGAUCUUAGUAUAAAAGAAUGGCAAUAAUUAUGUGAACAAGAAUUACGUGCCCUUAGAAUGUACACUUUUUAACCUGUUAAAUUUGCCAAUCUUGCAAACUAUUAUUUACUUAUAUUGCAUAAUUAGAUAUUCAUAUUCACAUACUCAAUUAAGAAAAAGUUAGCAAGCCAAGAUGACAUUUUCUGUAGCACUAUUUUAAAUUAUAAUGAGUGAUCAUAUAAAACUCUUUAGUAUUUACCUAAAGCAAUUAUUACUUACUCUACUUCAUUGUAUUUAUCUAAAUCAGUGAUCAUGGAUGUUUGAACUUUUUAGCUUAAAUGUUUAUUUUGUUUAUACUACUUGUAGAGUAAAAUAAAUUUAAUACAUGAAAAACUCUGCACAAUUUAAAAUAGGUAAUAAUUUGUCAAUACUCAUGUUUUAAAAAUAUUUUCAGACAGAGGACUGCUGUAUAUUAUUAAAACAGUUUUCUGAAAUUAUUUGUUUAAUAUUCUUUGAUUUUAAAAUAACAUAUAUAUAGAUUUAGAUGAAUCAAAUUGUCUUAAAAGAUGUUAGAUAAGAAAUGCAAGUACUAAAAAAAAAAAAAGAAAUGCAAGUACUUUGCAAGCCUAAUACUUAAUGUUCUUUUAUGUAUGACCAAAAUUUAAUAAAUUAACUUUUUAAAGCACA